AUGACAGAUGCUAGUGGAGAUACAGCGCUAGCUGCACAAGGCCGUGAGACGCCACUGUAUCUGCCGGCUGAAUCUGGGUUUCAUGAUGCUUUGAUUAACAUCUUGGAAUCCUGCAAGAACCAACUUAUGCUGCAGCUGUUGACACAUCCAAAUUGCAUUAGAUCACUCUGGCGUUGGAAUAAGCCUUUAUGCGAGGAACUUGACUUGUGGGGUUGGAAUUCACUGCACUAUGCUGUUAAAUUAGGAUUGGAAGACGUAGUUUCUGAAAUACUGGCAUGGAAAAAAUCCUUAGUGUACCUUCCGGCAGGCAGUGAAAAUGAUUGGAAGACAGCAAUUCACAUUGCAGCCAGUGAAGGUGAUGUAAACAUGAUCAACGAGCUAUUAAAUCACUGCCCUGAUUGUUGGGAUACGCUUAACAGCAACAAUCAAAAUGCUCUUCAUGUUGCAGUAUUGCACAAUAAAGACAAGGUAGUCCGCUUCUUAUUAGACUCUGAUAGGUGUGACAGCCUUGUUGAUGAACCAGAUAGUGACGACAACACUCCUCUCCAUUUUCUUGCUGCCUCUGGUAACCGUUUACCUGAAUUAAUAAACCAUCCUAGAGCAAAGAAGAUGUCAUUUAACAAACAAAACCAGACUCCACUUGAUAUUGCAUUGUCAUGCACAACGACAAAAAAGAAGAAGUUUUAUGAUCUCGCAGGUAUUUGUCUGUGCUUGUCAACGUUAGCAGUUGUAAUUGCAUUCGCAACUGGUAUGUUUUCUACUUUAUCACAUUCACUUGGUCUUGCCAUUACUUUCAGUUCCAUAGGUUGCCUCUCUAUUUUAUUGUACUUUAUCACAUUCACAAUUGGUUGUUAUUUAUAUAGCAAGGAAAAUGUAACAGAGAUAUGAAUGCAGAUAUAUAUAUUUAUAUAUAUAUUUCAGUUUUUACCCAAUGCCUUGAAUUACAUAUCAAAGAUAUGGUUUUCUAGUCCAUUACAUCCUUUAUCACAUGAUAUAACAAUCUAUGUAAGAUCGUUUUCUUCUAUUUUAAUUAUAAGCGGUUGCAGGAGAUCAUUUUUCAUCACCGACAAUGCUAUAGAAUCAACGUACCUUUACUAAAUAAUUAAUGGUACAACAACAACAAUAUACCUACUGAUAUUCCACAAGUGGAGUUUGGGGAGGAUAGAGUAUAUGCAGAUCUUACCCCUACAUUGGGAGCGCAAGGAAAAACAAUUCAAAGCAGCCCGGUGCACUAAAGCUCCCUCUAUGCGCAGGGUUUGGGGAAGGGUCUAUUGUAUGUAGCCUUACAUUGUAGUUUUUUUAGAGGCUUUUUCCAAGGCUUGAACCCACGUCCUCCUGGUCACAUGGAAGCAACUUUACCAGUUACUCCAAGGUCACAGAGAGCAUGACAAAGCAGUCUUAAAAUUAAACGAACACUAACUACAACAGAAUACUAUGAUAAUCGAAGAACAAAAGAGUAAUAGAUAAUUAUAGAAAUUGAAGGAAGAGAAACUACAAGAGUAGUACUAUGACUAACUAGUAUGGAAGGAAAAGAGAGAUAAAAGACUUAUUUAAAUUUUAAUAUUGGCUUUCUUUAAAAACUUUGGAAGAAGAGCUUUGGGGAAGGGCAAAUGUGUCAUUUUCUUGUUUUAUUCCGGGAUUAUUGAAUGUGGUGUAAAAAUAAUCCUACCGCGAUCGUGGUGUAAAUAAUCCUACCACAAUUGUGGAAAACAAAUAAUCCUGGACCAAAAUUUAAAAUUCAACCAUACCUGCGAUGAUGAGCCACAUUUUAUUCCAAAAUGUACUUUAUCUUAGCAACUAAGUGACCCAUCAGUUUUCUUCUCCUGUAGUUUAAGUUAUGGCAGUCGUUGAUUGGUUUGUUAUUUCCAAAUUAUGUAACUAUCUAUUGCUUCCACUGGAAUAAGUUUGGAAGUUUUAAAACUAUCCUGUGAUGCAUGAAAUUCACAUAAUCUUGUUAAUAUUGUAAUCUCUCUGAUAAUUUAAAUUCUGUCCUAGAAUGAUUUUCUUAACAUAACAUGCUGCAUUCUCUCCCUGCACCGGGUAUGCUGAUUUUCUUAAUUUGAUGAUAGACAUGUGAAUGAAACAUGUUGUGAAAACUGGUCCAUCCAACUGAACCAAGACCAGCUGCAGACAAUUUAUUGAUAAGAUGACUCUGCGUACAAACAAAAGUGGAUAUUGAGUUGAACAAGAAGGCUUGCAGAAGUUGAGUUGAACAAGAGGUCUUGUAGAGAUAAAAGAGGAAUCCUAUUGAAAGAAGAAUUCCAUUCAAAAGAAGAAGUGAGAGAGGCAGCAACAAGAAAUGUGAAACUAUCUAGAGUCCUAUUGAACAUAGAAGAUUACAUCACUUAAAGGACUCUAUGAGGUGUGUGCUUAAAUACAAGAAACGAAUUCAAAAGAAUACACUCAACACACUGAAAAGAUAAUCAACAAUCAGCAAAACAGUUCACAUACUUGAAGAAGAACCUGGUCUCUUACUUAGCAAGUCUUAGACUGUGUGUAGUAGGUAGGUUCUUUGAGUUGUAAAGAGUCAUUUUUCUAGUCUCAGUGAUCUAUAAACUAAGUUAGGAGUUGUGCCUUCAAGUUAGGGAACUCGAAGACUUGGGAACACUAAUUUUGGAAAGAUUUGUGUUUUUGUAGUGAUAGGAGUUAGAUGUUUUAAUUCCUAAUUUACAAGAAGUCUUGUAAUUUUGUUGAUUGUUGAGGAUCAAGUGUUAUAGUGAAGUUGAGAUUAAAUCCUGUAGAGGUACAGGUCG